UGAGCUCGGGGAGAGUGAAGUUCACUCAGAUAGUUCAGAGUCUGCUGGGAGCCGGGCAGCUACCGGGGCAACAGCGGACUUACUGCCCUCCCUGGGGGUAACAGCGGACAUACUGCCCUCCCUGGGGGUAACAGCGGACAUACUGCCCUCCCUGGGGGUAACUGCGGACUUACUGCCCUCCCUGGGGGUAACAGCCGACUUACUGCCCUCCCUGGGGGCAACUGCGGACUUACUGCCCUCCCUGGGGGCAACUGCGGACUUACUGCCCUCCCUGGGGGUAACAGCCGACUUACUGCCCUCCCUGGGGGCAACUGCGGACUUACUGCCCUCCCUGGGGGUAACAGCGGACAUACUGCCCUCCCUGGGGGUAACAGCCGACUUACUGCCCUCCCUGGGGGGUAACAGCGGACAUACUGCCCUCCCUGGGGGUAACAGCCGACUUACUGCCCUCCCUGGGGGUAACAGCGGACAUACUGCCCUCCCUGGGGGUAACAGCCGACUUACUGCCCUCCCUGGGGGUAACAGCCGACUUACUGCCCUCCCUGGGGCUAACAGCGGACAUACUGCCCUCCCUGGGGCUAACAGCGGACCUACUGCCCUCCCUGGGGGUAACAGCGGACAUACUGCCCUCCCUGGGGGUAACAGCGGACAUACUGCCCUCCCUGGGGCUAACAGCGGACAUACUGCCCUCCCUGGGGCUAACAGCGGACAUACUGCCCUCCCUGGGGGUAACAGCGGACUUACUGCCCUCCCUGGGGGCAACUGCGGACCUACUGCCCUCCCUGGGGGCAACUGCGGACAUACUGCCCUCCCUGGGGGUAACAGCCGACUUACUGCCCUCCCUGGGGGUAACAGCCGACUUACUGCCCUCCCUGGGGGUAACAGCGGACAUACUGCCCUCCCUGGGGGUAACAGCGGACAUACUGCCCUCCCUGGGGGUAACAGCGGACAUACUGCCCUCCUAGGGCAGGAUCCCCAUCUUGGGGCAGCAGCGGACAUUUCUCUCCAGGGGUAACUGUGGACUGACACCCUCCCUGGGGUCAAAUCCCUGAUACCCUUGGAUAGAAUGAGGUAAAUGGCAUCCUGUGCCUGGGGGCAAUAACUGUCAGCUCAGAGAGCAGGGGCAGUAAUGGGGUACAGAGGGGGCAAUUCAUAGAUCAGAAAAUUAUCUUAUUAUAACCGUAGGGUAAUAGCUAUUGAUUAGGAUUAAGGGUUAAUAUAUUGGGUAUUGAUUAGGAUUAUGGUGCCCGGGUUCAAAUUAUGAUGUUAUUAAUUAGGAUCAGGGUCUCCAGGUUCAUAUAAUAGCUAUUGAUUAGGAUCAGGGGAUCCGGGUUCAUAUAAUAACUAUUGAUUAGGGUCAGGUUGUUUGGGUUCAUAUAAUAACUAUUGAUUAGGGUCAGGGUGUCUGGGUUUAUGUUGUAAUGUUAUUGAUUAGGAUCAGGGUAUCCAGGUCCAUACACUAGCAUUACUGAUUAGAGUUACGGGAAGUUUUAUUAAAUCCUACUAAAAAUUUGAAUUUAAAAAGCUAAAGUACUGAAUUGCCCCCUUUAUAAUGGAAGAUCAUUACUAGUUUGCCACAUUUAUAUGUAGGACUCUGAUCUGAACAGUUUUUGCUCCUCGGAUACUUUCCAGCCAUAACAAUGAGGCUAACGUUGCACAAGAAGAAGAUCGCCGCCCUGGUGUUUGUCCUUGGUAUGGCACUUUGUGUCUGGCUGCUUUUCUUUCACACAGGCGAUGAUUCAGACGCAGUGUUAAAGCUUCCCUACCCAACCUCAUGGCAAAACACGUAUGGACUGCCUGAUGGUUCCCCUGAGGUGAUGAGACUGGCUUCGUACCGGAUCAACCUGCGCCAACUAGUGUUAAAUAAAGAACAUUUUCGUGGCCCAUCACACCUUGUAGUUGUGGUGCAGGUGCGAGGAGGUCCAGGCAGUGGCUCACGCCUUCGGCUUUUAGCAGAGUCCUUGCGGGCAGCUGGACCUGGGGCCACCAGCCGCCUUCUACUAGUGUUGAGCAUUGAGAAGCCUUGUGUAGAGGUAUAUGAAGCCAUGACUUCCAUAGACUUCUGUCGGGUAAUUCCCAUAUUCUACCCAUACAGCCUGAGCUUUUAUCCUAAUGAAUUUCCUGGAGCGGACCCCGCAGACUGUUUCCGAGAUCUCCCCAAGGAAUCCGCCAAAUUGAAAGGUUGCAAUAAUGCAGAGUUUCCUGACAGCUACGGACAUUACAGGGAAGCCGCAUUUACUGUGGACAAGCACCACUGGUUGUGGAAACUUCACUAUACAUGGGAGAAAUUGCAAGAAGUGAGCGGGUACAGUGGAUACGCACUUUUCUUAGAUGAAGGUACCUACCUGCUUCCAGACUGGCUGCAUGUGUUGCGUCUAAUGCAGAAGCAGUGCCAGGAGGAAGGAUGCCAUUUACUAAGUCUUGGGGGCACCACCAACUCUGAAUUAUCACCAAACCCGCCAGACGUGGAAGUGAGUAGCUGGUUGGCACCGAAACAUCGAUCAGCGAUUGCAAUGUCACGGGAGCUGUACUAUAAACUGAUGGGCUGCCUGGCAGAGUUCUGCACCUAUGAUGAUUACAAUUGGGAUUGGAGUUUACAGCAUGUGUCUGCGUCUUGUCUUGCCCACCCUCUAAGGGUUUUAUCUACUUUGUUGCCUAGAGUACUCACCCUUCCUGCUAAGGAGGAAGAUGGUGUAUGUGGGCACACUGGACCCUGCGAGAGCUCUGAGGGUGCCUCUGAACUUCUGAGAGUGCGAGUAAGGGAGCUGAGUGGUCGGCUCUUCCCAAAGACGCUGGCUGUAACCUCUCGGCAGCAAGACGUGCGCAAUCCACCCCAAAGAAAGAACGGUGGCUGGGGUGAUAUCCGAGAUCACGCGCUAUGCCAGUCACAUGCCAGGCUGUAACGUGCCAACCUUUCCUCGUGUGACGGUCAUCAUUUUCGGUGCCUCUUUGCACUCAGGAAAGUGCUAAAUAAAUAAAGACCAAAGUUCAAAAGGUUUCUCAGGAAUUGUAAGAAACGUUUAUCACUAGUUCUGGAAAAUAUGUAACUUUUACCUGAUAUGCUGCUUUUUAUUUUAUUUUUCACAUUUUGUCUUGUGGUGGUUGUAAAUCACAUUUGCUUUGUCUCAGAUUUUUACCAUUUUUCUUGUGUUUUGGAUUAUUUAGUAAACAAAAUAGUGGAGAAUUCACAAGGGAAUUUCUACAGCCUUAAUUUUUUUUUAUUUUUUUUUAAAUCAGUAUUUCCCUUGUUAGUUUUCCUCAAUUUCAGGUUUACUGAAUACAUGUUUUGUUGUGGGGGUUGACAUUGUAUUUGAAUUAUAAAUGAUCAUGUUUUGCAUACAGAAAAAGCACAGGAAACCAAGACCAAAUAAUAAUUUUUCUACACCGGUUUUGUGCCUUGUAACUCACAGUAUAUGUUUAAUGUGAUCAGGAGCUGUAUUUUUUUAUAUAAUUAAUAUAUUUUAUAUGUAAUCUGUGCUCUUAAUGUAAAAUUAGCUUGACAAUGCUGCAGUAUAUAUUGGUGCCAUAUAAGUAAUUGCAAUGUCGGCUUUUCCUAAGCCUCUUUCUGAUCAGUAAUCGACAAAAUUGUGCAUUUUAUUUGUUUUCUCUGCCAAGCGCAGAUUGGAUUUUAAGGGAUUUAUUUGAUUAAUAGUGAAAAAAAUGAGUUUGAUUUGGGCCACAAUAGUUUUCAAAUUCCUCUAUAUUUUAGCUUCACUAUUGUUUUACGGUUUGUACAUUUAUUUUCCAGUUUACCAGAAUUAAACAAACACUGCAGGCACCAUAACUGCUUCAAUUUAAUGAAGGGAUUAUGGUACCCAGAGCCUGUAGAGAUAGGGGCAUACCGUCUUUUUCCGAAAAUAAGACUGAUAUUCUCCCCCACUAGGGCUUAUUUUCGGGGGAUGUGUUAUUUUGGGGGGGAGGGAGGGGGGGGAAAUGGUAGCAAGCAUGUACCAUAAAGCAGGUCUACGUUUUGGGGAUUUUCCCCUGAACAUAGGCCAGUUCACUAACGCAUGGAAUCCCGCGAAUAUAUGUUCUGGGGAACUUCCCUGAACAUAGAUUAGCGAGCUAGCAACUAGGGCUUAUUUUUGGGGUAGGGUUUAUAUUACGAGCAUCAUAGCCAGACUGUUUAUUUACAGUUAACCUGGCAGGCUACAGCCCAUGCGGCACCGUAAACCAUAUUACUUCUUCCCAGUGAUUGGGACAGUGAUAAUCUGGUAUGGCGUAAAGUGAAGCACAGCUCUGCUAUUUAAUUGUUGGGGCUAGCCUGCAGGCUGCCAUGGCCAGGCAUUUCUGCUAAAUCAGUUAAAGUGGUUAUGGUGCCUACACUUGCUAUUAUUGCUUAUUGAAUAAAUCUGUUGGCUCAGUUAAAUUCCAUAUUUUUUACAUGUUUGAUUUUAUGCCCCUUUUUUUUUUUUCUUGCUGCUGACCAAACACAAAUGUCCCUCCAUGUCUGACUGUAUUUAUUGGAGUGCCAUUUCAUGCGUUAUCUAUGAAUAGCUGCAAUUCUGAUGUUUAAAUGUGUCGCUCUAAUUAUGCAACAUAUAUAUUUUCAUAUGGCCUGUAGUGAAUUGAGACAGGUUAAUAGUAUAAGGAGGCUGAUGUCUGUAAAGAACCACAUGUCUGCAUUAAUUCAUCUUAAAUGCAUGCUUUCUAUAUAUCAUUUAUAUUUCAUGUGUAAUUUACAAAAUAAAAAGUACUAGAACGGGAAAAUCCAGCUGUGUCACUUAACACGCUGUGGACUCUGGAGUGCAUGCAGAUCGUCAUGUGAGAUCCACCCCCCACAUAUGGAACGCUACAAAUGACCUAGCUGCAGUUUUAGAAUAUUUGUCAGUCCGGGCAUAGGAAUAGCCUGAUCCUUCCCAGGGGCUGUGACGCUGCCCAUCAGGGACCGACCGCUCUGCACUAGACCAUUUUAUGUUUAAUGUUAACCCUUUGAGAGCCACAGGUGUUCCCACCACAUUCACUGGCAUUGGGUGCGCACGUCUGGCCCCUAGAGGGUUACGUUUCCUGUUACCUUACUAUGCAGUACUCAUGUGAGUGAAUUGUACAGAUCACAGGGUUUAACAGUUUCUUUAUUUUUUUAUAAACUUUUUGAAUAUGUUUAUUUUUAUUUUUUUUCUACCUUGCUGUUUUUUGUGUCUGGUUUUUUCCACUAUGGGACGGGUGGAAAGUAUUUAAUUUUUCCAGUUAGAUUUGAACAGCUGUACUGGGGGGUUAGAGGAUUACUCUAUAGUCUUAGCCAUUCCCAGGUAGAGAUACUUUCCUUUGAUUUGAAGAUCAUUCUCUGUGAUGGGUUUGUUUGCUCAGUUCAUUCAUAGUCUAACGCCAGAAGUAUUAACUGUUCGAUAAUCUGCAGGUUAACCCCCUUAAGGACACAUGACAUGUGUGACAUGUCAUGAUUCCCUUUUAUUCCAGAAGUUUGGUCCUUAAGGGGUUUAAACGCGGAGUGUUAGAGCUCCAUCAAGCAGCACAGGGUACUUCCCACUGUGAACAAGGGAUUUAAAGGAUAACAAUACAUGCUGGUGUAUGGACACAAGCUUGACAUUCAGGAAAUGUUUUUUAUUUUGUCACCGACCCAUCCUGUUCUGCAGCAUAGCUUUUACUGACAGGUUUACUGCGUCAUGGACAAUCUGCCCCCCCCAAAGGAUUGUAAUGGUUAAUUUUUAUGAUGGUGUGUGGCUUUUAAUACAUUAUUUUGUAUGAUAAAUAUAAAUCUAUAAAAUCUCAUUUCCAAAUCCUUGAUACCUUGCUUUGUAAGAUUAUUUACAAUGAAAAUACUCUUGAAGUUCCAUAAUUGAUUCAUGAAAGGUUUGCGGUGUUAAAAGUAAACCUGUUUCAUUGAUUAAAUCCGUUUUAAAGUCA